CGUCCUGUCUCUCGCCAUCCUUUCGCUCGAUUCCUCUGCCGGUUUGUUUACGACGCUCGCUUGCCACUUCACAGCAACUCAUCGGGCUCAAUCCAUUGCCACCUCGCGUUAAAUUCUUACCAUUUCGACUCACAUUCCUCCGUGUACACUGCGAGAUUGCUGGACCUCACAACAAUCUGCGCCCAUACCUGUCGUCAGCCUCAAAUCCUCAAUCAACUCAUCAGUUCAGGCUUGCUGCCUCAGACGAAAAACAAUUCAGCUGCAGGGCCAUCUUCCCCCUUCUGACACCAAACCCCGGGUACGAAGAAGUUGUAGAGCAUACACCUAACCCGCUGGGUCUUCAUACCAGCCACCGACAAAGGGUUUCGGCCGGCCAGGUACCACGACCUAUCAUUGUUUUUUCCUCCCCAUUCCCCUCACAUCCACCAAACGGAGGCCGCUUGCAACCACUUAUACAAAUCUCUAAGCCUCCACCGCCGGGGUCUCCUUUCCCCUCUUCUCUUACAUCUGCUCUUGCGUUUCCGCCACCUUUGCUGCAGCUAUAACGCUAAAACAGAGUCCCGCAUCUGUCACCGACCCUGCCCUGCAUAUACCGCAGUGUGCUGGCGACGCCGUCCAUUGGACCUCACGCAGUCGUUUCCGUCUCGCCCGCCUUGGGCAGUAACCUUCUCGCACGCACCCCGUCCCUUCUAUAACAACCUGAUACCCCGGCCUUGCCUCUUCUCCCUCUCGCUACCAUGGCCUCCGAUACCAAGUUUGACCAACACCUAGAAGAGGGACUGCUGCCUGUCGCUGCCUACGAGAAGGGGAUUCCUGCCACGACUCCGAGACCUUCCAGGACGCCAAACAAGAUGACCGCUGCCCGCCGUGUCCUGCUCACCGUCCUGGUGUGCGGCCUGAUGACCCUCGGUCUCGCCUCCGCCAUCGGCCACCGGGCAAGACCUUGCACGAGGCAUCAUCAGGAGCAAGUCCUUGUUGCCGAGGGUGAAGCUCAGGAUCCCGCCAAGGUAGAUCUCAUUCACAGGCUGCUUCAUGCCUACUUCCCCGAUCGUUACCAGGAUGGUGUCUACCCCUCGGACAAGGACGCCAUCGCCGCCUUCGAGGCGGACGAUGCCGAACUAGCUUCUGCUCUGGGCCAACUGGCAAAGCGUCAGGACAAUGGCACGACUACUCCGUCUGCCACCCCGACGCCUCCAGCCACGGACACGCCUUCGGCCACCGAAACGCCUUCGUCGCCUGCCUCAUCGGCGCCCCCCGCAAGUGAUACUCCAACCCCGACCCCAACCCCGACCCCAACCCCAACUCCCUCGCCGUCGCCGUCGCCGUCUACCCCGGCCACUAGCUCCACCCCGGAGCCGGAGACCCCCUCGACGGUGCAGUCCAACACCCAGCAACAGACCACUCCUCAGUCAUCGCAGCCCGCACCCACCACCCCCACAACUCCGGCAACGUCAGCAGCGCCCACUACUUCUGGUACGUUUCAAACGGAGCCAACCGCGUCUCCCUCUUCUACUGUUGGGUCCUCUUCCGUCUCCACCGAGUCCCCUCCGACGACCAGUGGGUCUCCUUCCUCUUCUUCCUCUGCUGUCCCUUCUUCUGCUCCCUCGUCCGCUCUCACUACGGUCUCAUUGGGGUCCUCGAGUGCGUCCGCGCAGGGUACGUCUACUUCCCUUUCUGUCGAGACUACUACUGCGGUCGUGACCACCUCGUCUCCCACGAUCUCCUCUUCGCCUGUGUCGACGGUGUUGUCGACUGUGUCUCUGUCUGUAUCUGCAAACACGCGAGAGACACCCACCACCACUCGCUCCUCGCCCCAGACCACCAGCUUAAGCGAGGUCCGUUCCACCUUUACGUCGACGGCCUCCAACGGCGAAGUUGUGCUCGUGACGGCGACAUCUUUUGUCGCGGUGAACCCUGAACCGGCCGCUACCGAAUCUUCCGAGUCUAGCAGCGGCGGUGGCGGCGGCCUACAGAAUGUUGCCUCCCCAGUUGGCGGUGUUUCGAUCGCCCUGCCCCUCUCCCUCGCCGCCUUUAUCGCCGGCGCCAUGCUGCUGCUGUAAAGCAGUCCGGCGUCAUGAUAAUGCGAUUUCUGUCAAAUAAUUUAUUUCAUUCCUUUUCGGUCUUUUCAU